GAGCUGGGCUUUUCCACCUCUCCCCCACAGCUUCCACGAGCUCCAAACAGCACAAAAAUCUCGUUUAGUAAAAAAAUCUACCUGGCAAAAGUUGUAUUUCCAAGUCAGUACCAAAAGAUCAGUUUUUGGGGGGUGUGAGAGCAAAAACUCCUAAAAACAAACCCAUCCAAGGAAUGAUGUCCAGGGGUGGGGACAAAAUUCCCUUUUUUGAGCUGCUCAGCCCCUUCUCCUCCCAAAAACACCCCAGGAAGCACUACACAGCAUCAAUUAACCAAAUGUUGGCAUUAUGGAGGAAAACUGCGUCCCCCACAUUUUCCCCCUCUUUAACAGCUGUAUUAUGGAUUAAACUUCCCAGUUUUCCCAUCUUGCACCAAUUAUUACCGGGCAAAAAGAUAAUAAAUAAACCCGAAGCUGGGCACAGAUCUGCAAACCAUCUGCAAAGGGGAUUUGAAAGCAGAAAUAUGCAAAUCAGCCUGGCUUCCUGUCAGCUCCUCCAGGUUCGCUGCCGCUCAGCGCUGCAAGUUUCAGCUCGGCGUUAAAUUUAAGCUCCGGCUCAAAUUAGGGGUUUGGCUGGAGGGUUGGAUGGAGCCGCCUCCGGCGCUGAGGAUUCCCCGCGAGGGAUGAAGGGCAGAAAUCCCGAAGGAAAUGCGCUUGGAGCGAGGAAAACCUCAGAGGCGAUGGUCACUGGAGCAAAGCAGGACACCGUGAUGCACCCCGAGCCCCCACAUCCCUGAACCCUCCAGAAACACCCCAAAACCCCAAAAUGAGGCUGUUCCGCCGCCGCUACAGCACCUUGAAGGUGGCCUUGGCGGGCGCCGUCUUCGUCCUCUUCCUCUUCAUCCUCCAGAAGGACGUGGGGAGCAAGGAGCCGGGCGAGGAGCCGUGGCUGCGGAACAUCGUGCAGGGCAAGGGCCAGGUGCUGGACCUGAUGCUGGGCGCCGUGCGGGACCUGCGGGACUCGAUGCCGCGGCUGCAGAUCGGGGCCCCGGAGCCGCCGCCGGAGCCGCUGCCCAGCGCCCGCUCCUGCCUGCCCGGCGUCUACACCGCGGCCGAGCUGCGGCCGCUCAUGGAGAGGCCCCCCCAGGACCCCGCCAGCCCCGGCGCCGACGGAAAAGCCUUCAAGAAGGAUCGCUGGACGCCCGAGGAGACGAAGGAGAAGGAGCGGGGCUACGAGAAGCAUUGCUUCAAUGCCUUCGCCAGCGAUCGCAUCUCCCUGCAGCGGGCGCUGGGCCCCGACAGCCGCCCCCCAGAGUGCAUCGAUCAGAAGUUCAAGCGCUGCCCUCCCCUCCCCACCACCAGCGUGGUGAUCGUGUUCCACAACGAGGCCUGGUCCACCCUGCUGCGCACGGUCUACAGCGUCCUGCACUCGUCCCCGGCCCGGCUGCUCCGCGAGGUCAUCCUGGUGGAUGAUGCCAGCACGGACGAGUACCUGAAGGAGGAGCUGGAUCGCUACGUGGAGCAGCUGCAGAUCGUGCGCGUGGUGCGGCAGCGGGAGCGCAAGGGGCUCAUCACGGCGCGGCUGCUGGGGGCCAGCGUGGCCAGCGGGGAGGUGCUGACCUUCCUGGAUGCCCACUGUGAGUGUUUCCACGGAUGGCUGGAGCCGCUCCUGUCCCGCAUCGCCGAGGAGCCCACGGCCGUCGUGAGCCCCGACAUCGCCACCAUCGACCUCAACACCUUCGAGUUCUCCAAGCCCGUCCAGAACGGGAAGCAGCACAGCCGGGGCAAUUUCGACUGGAGCCUGACUUUCGGCUGGGAGGUCAUUCCCGCGCGGGAGAGGCAGCGCAGGAAGGAUGAGACCUUCCCCAUCAAGUCCCCAACCUUCGCAGGUGGCCUCUUUGCCAUCUCCAGGUCCUACUUUGAGCACAUCGGCUCCUACGACGACCAGAUGGAGAUUUGGGGGGGUGAGAACGUGGAAAUGUCCUUCAGGGUGUGGCAGUGCGGGGGACAGGUGGAGAUCGUCCCCUGCUCCGUCGUGGGCCACGUGUUCCGCUCCAAGAGCCCGCACACCUUCCCCAAGGGCACGCAGGUGAUCUCCCGGAACCAGGUGCGCCUGGCCGAGGUCUGGAUGGACGACUACAAGGAGAUCUUCUACCGCCGCAACCAGCAAGCUGCCCAGAUGGCCAGAGAGAAGACGUUUGGUGACAUCACAGAGCGGCGCAGGCUGCGGGAGCGGCUGCACUGCAGGAACUUCACCUGGUACCUGCAGAACGUCUACCCCGAGAUGUUCGUGCCCGACCUGACCCCGGCGUUCUACGGAGCAAUAAAAAACGAGGGCACCAAGAGCUGCCUGGACGUGGGGGAGAACAACCACGGCGGGAAACCUCUCAUCAUGUACCCUUGCCACGGGCUGGGGGGCAACCAGUACUUUGAGUACACGAGCCAGCGGGAGCUGCGCCACAACAUCGGCAAGGAGCUGUGCCUGCGCGGGGGCGCGGGCACGGCCGAGCUGGGCGAGUGCCAGUUCCGAGGGAAGCCCGGCCGGGUGCCCGCCAGCGAGGAGUGGGAUCUGGCGCAGAACCGGCUGAUCAAGAACUUGGCCUCGGGGAUGUGUCUGACGGCCCGGGGGAAGCACCCGGGCCUCGUUCCCUGCGACCUCACGGACCCGCACCAGCUCUGGUCCUUCACCUAAAAGGGAGCGGAGCCCCCGGCCGGCCCCGGCCACGCUCAGGAAACCAGGAUCCAAAAAAACUUCCUUGUUCUUCUUAAUUUAAGAAGUGAAAGCCUUAAAUAUGCUGCAUUUCGUGGUUGCCUUGAACUGAAUCCCGUGCCUUGGGGGCCGGGCUCUGCCGGGGGCAGCCCAGGGACCCCGAAACGCCGCGGCCGUGGCGGGGACGCUCCUGCCGGGGCUCCUCCGCAGCCGCUGCUCGUCCUCCCCACCCCGGCUCCACCCAGAGACUCUUCAGUUCCUAUCGGGCAUUAAAAACGCGGAUGCGCCUCCCCAGAUGGGGAAUCCGGGCGGGAGAAUCCGGCGAGGAGGAGGAUGGUGAUGAUGGGGCUCCUCCUGUCGAGGGGGGAUCGGGGCUUGUGGUGGCCCCUGGCGGGCAAUGGGAGAAGUUGGGAUCUGUGCCUUGGGAAUCAAAUUGGAUUUGGAGGGGGGAGGAAAUUAGAUUCAUGGUUUUAUUAUGGUUAUUAUUAAAUUAUGAUGAUUCCUGGGUGCGAUUCUCCUUGUGCUGAGCAGGAGGAGUUUUUCCUGGAUGGCACCACAGAAUCCUUCUGAACGGGAUCCUGGGUGCCACAUCUCCCCUGUUCCAGAUUUUUUGUCUAUUCCAACUUCCGUAGCUGCCACUUUUGUUGCCAUAUCUUUUAUAGUGGAGAAAAAUCCCCCUGGACAUGGCAGGAGGGGGAAGAACCUGUCCUAGACACUCAACCUCAAAUAAAGAGAUGAUUUAUUUUACACAAA